AUGAAGCUUCUACUCGCCCUUGCCAUCUCCCCGUUCCUUCUGGGAAAGCCUUUGGCCAGCCCCACACCAAUUGAAGGGGUGGCUGUCCCCGAGGCCGGUGGUCCUACAGUAUCCUGCAAAGUGUCUCCAUUCGUAAGCUUGGUAGAUUUUUCCAGAAUCAUAGUUACAUCUCUGAGCAAGCCAUUCAUCAGACUUGCCAUAGCCCGAGCGAUUGCUGUUCGGGGAAGUGCACUGGAGGAUUCUUUGGCGGCUUCUGCAAGCCUGGCUGGGCAAGCUAGUUUUACCAAUAUGCUUUGGCAGCUCCAUCAUAUGAAACUAGCCUACAAGGUUUUCUCACUCGGAAGUAUAGCAAUGUUGACCUAA